AUGCUGAGGGGAAACCAAAGCCAUAUGACUGAAUUCCUCCUUCUGGGAUUGACCAAUGACCCCAAACAACAGGCAUGGCUUUUUGCCAGCUUCCUUGUCAUGUACCUGGUCAAUGUGAUUGGCAACUUGGUCAUCAUUGCAGCCAUCUGGGGAGAUGCCCACCUCCAUACCCCCAUGUACUUCUUCCUCUCCAACCUGUCCUUGGUGGAUAUCUGCUUUACCACAGUCAUUGUGCCACAAAUGUUAGUAAACUUGUUGGCUCAAAGAAAGACUAUCCUGUUUGCCCAGUGCCUUGCCCAAAUGUAUUUCUUUGUGGCCUUUGGAAUCACAGACAGUUUCCUCCUGGCAGCUAUGGCCAUUGACCGAUAUGUGGCCAUCUGCAACCCACUGCGUUAUACCACAACCAUGAGCCCCAGGCGCUGUCACCUGAUGGUGACGGCAUCCUGGGUGGUGUCCCACCUCCACUCACUAGCCCACACAGUUCUCAUGGGCCGCCUCUCCUUCUGUGGACCCAAUGUUAUCCACCACUUCUUUUGUGAUGUCCAGCCACUGUUGACACUCUCCUGUUCUGACACCUCUGUCAAUGAGCUUUUGGCCUUCACAGAAGGCUCCUUUGUGAUCAUGAGCCCCUUUAUCUUUAUUGUUGUCUCUUAUGUCUACAUCACCCGUGCUGUUCUGAGGGCUCCUUCAGGGGGAGGCAGGUACAAGGUCUUCUCCACCUGUGGAUCCCACCUCAUGGUUGUGGCACUAUUCUACGGGACCAUAAUAUCUGUGUAUAUUCGCCCCUCAUCCACCUACUCAGUGACAAAGGAUCGUGUGGUCACCGUCAUCUAUACGGUAGUUACCCCCAUGCUGAACCCUUUCAUCUACAGCCUCAGGAACAAGGACAUGAAGUGGGCCUUGAGGAAGCUAAUUAGAAAAACAGAGUAG